GUCUCCAAGCUGGGUUGCCGAGCCUUUGCUCUGCUGUUUGAUGACAUCGAACCUCGGCUUUGUCCAGCAGAUCGAGAAGUGUUCACUUCAUCGGCCCGUGCUCAGGUUGUGUUCGCCAACGAUCUCUACAACUACCUUGGGUGCCCCAACGUGUUUCUCUUCUGCCCAACCGAGUACAGCGCCAGCCUAGCAGUACCAAACAUUUCCAAGUCCGAAUAUUUAUCUACCGUGGCUUCCUAUCUGGCACCAGGUACAGCCUUUUACAUCGCCAUCAUUUGGACGGGCCCUUUGGUUGUGUCAAAAAACAUCCUCGCCAAAGAACUGGAAGAACUCACAAAGUUGCUGCAACAUCCCAUUGUGCUGUGGGAUAACCUACAUGCGAACGAUUACGAUCAACGCCGUGUGUUCAUCGGCCCCUAUUCGGGUCGAUCACUGGCACUGCGUCGCAAGGGUCUGAUUCGAGGUGUACUCACAAACCCGAACUGCGAAUUCGAGGCCAAUUACGUGGCAUUACAUACACUAGCCCAGUGGUCACGUCACGGUACUAUUAAACCACAAAGCUCACAAAUAACCGAUAAAGAAAUGACCGAUGUCGCCAGCCGAGAAACAAACCUGGAGCCGGAAGCAACCGAAACGGAAGACGAUGAUGGAUUCAUUAACGAUAGCAAUGAACCGUCGGAUGGAAUAAAUCAAUCGUCGACUACUUAUCGACCCCGAGAAGCGUUACUGGUCGCGCUUCGAGACUGGUUGUCAUUGAUGCGCCAGGUAAAAGAAACAUGUGUGAUACGUUCUCGGGAGAUCUUGCUACCGCUGUUUUUAAGCCAUAUGCUUCCAUUCGAUUGCACUUCAAUGAGUUUUUGGAUUUAGCAAUAUAUCUGCUCUUACCUACGUAAUGUGGCCUUUUUUCGACAGGAUCAGCAGUCACACACAGCCAACUCCAAGAGUAGUGGUGCUGUUUGUGCCACACCAGUCCCGAUGGAUACGGAUACAGCAGAGCCACCACCUUCAGCACCCGAAGCAGAAAUGCAGGUCGUCCUACACGUUUGUUCUCGCUUUCCUCCCUUCCACUUCAUUCCAGGUGUAAGUACCUCGGUCGAUGUCACAUUGGAAGAUUUGGAGUUGUUCGCGGAUCUGUUUUAUUUGCCUUUCGCUCAUGGUCCAGCUGGAAUGCGUCUUUUGGAAUUGGGUCAUUGGCUAAGAGAACAUUCGCAUGCCUGUGGACUCAAGAUUGCCGAUCCAGAGGUACUGUUAUGCAGGGAUGAGUGGAUUAAAAAGCUCUCGGAAUUCGUCGAAUUAGUCUCAUCCGUCUCACUCCUUCGUGAUCGAAUCCAACGUCUUCCAUCUAGGAGUAUAGCCUACGAAUUGGCACCUUACAUAACCGAAAUGCACACUGUUCUCGGCAUGGUGUUGGACUAUUUUCGAUGGUUGGAAACCGGUGUCAUGGCAACACGAAGUAUGUGCCAUUUACGGCGCCUGCUCACAUGGUUCUCUCCCGGUUACCGAGAUAUGGUUACUUCUGGUGAUCAGGAGCCGUGGACCUUUCGAGGUGGUCUAAUCACCGACUUCAGGGGUUCCUGUUCUCGAUCCACAGGGUUCUCUCCCGGUUACCGAGAUAUGGUUACUUCUGGUGAUCAGGAGCCGUGGACCUUUCGAGGUGGUCUAAUCACCGAACUUCAGCGCAUUCUUCCACUGGAAUCGGCCCAAGAUCUGUUUCCUGCACCUAGUCGUGCCGUGCCGGGAAUGAACACCAUGCCACCCAACCCGAAUUGGCCCGAUUCAACUUCCAGUCAGUUCCCCGGCCCUCCAUUCAAUCCGCUACAACAAGUGCCCCCCACCUGUUUGCUACGUCAUAAGCGUUCUCAUUCCUACGUUGUAAGACCAUAUCAACCGCAAGACAAACCUCAGGUAUACGCGCUAUUCCGACGACUUCUUUUCGCACGAGUAGGCCUAGCAGAGUCCGCUUUGCCACCGGAACUACACGAUCUACCGGGUGAUCGCUAUCUCCUUCAUUUUCUGGAACAUUCCCCGGAAAAUUGUCUGGUCGUUGAAGGUCCGCCGCUCUUAUCCUCCAGUCAGUCUUCUACAGAUGGCGCAGAAGAGAGUAGGUGCGUUGGAUUCGGUUUGUCCACAGCAGAUGCUGUCGCUUGGGCUCGAGGCAGAACCCAACUUUUCAAGGAGGUUCUCCGACAACGGUACCCACUUCCCGUUUCCUCCAAUACGAUCGAUCAAGUUAACCAGAAGGGGUUGAGUGCCGCUGCUCCAGCGGACGUCGCAAAAAAGCGAUCUAAUUCGUCUUCCAGACCUGAUUCACCAGCUGUGGAUGACGUUGGGUCGAACCCUUUAUCUUUGAAACCACCGUUGACCAUAGAUGAGUUGAUCAAGUUUUUACUGCAUCCAUUUCAUUCGGACAACGCCGAGGUCGCCGAUAUAGCUGACGCAGCUGCGGUGUUUCCCCCACCGGAACCGCUGGGCGCUGCGCUCCCGAUUGAACCGGCUCUAUCCGGAUGUCUGGAGUCCGCGGACAACAAUGCUGAUCGUCGUCCCGGUGGCCUUUUGCCGCCCAACGUCGAAAUACCCCCGAAUUCCUUCCCAGUCGGAUGUAACCCUUCUGUCCUUCCACCCAAUGUUCCCACACCAAUUAUACCAGACACAGCUCCCCCUUCACCACCCGUCGUACUCGCACCUACCGUCCCGAUUGCUGUCCCAUCUGAGAGCUGUUCAAGCAGUCCGGUCGCUCAUAUUCCUGGUCUCGGGCGACCAAUGCUCGUUGCCGGCGGUCCAGAGGCACUCCACACUGCGCUCACUGCACAUCCAGCAACACUCUGGGUCGAGUUCGAUGACAUUGGCGUGCUCAGUUGUGCGUCAGGACUGACUCCCACCGUGUUGAUGAAUUAUAACCUGGGACUUGGUGCAGACCCCCCAGAAUUGGUACUCGAUUCAAUCGCUCGAAGACUGUUUAUUUGUCUGUUGGCCGCUUUGAAAACUAUUGGAGCUCAUGGCUGUCACGUCUAUUUGGAUUCGAUUAACGAGCACCGUGCUGAAUUGUAUCGGCGAUUCGGAUUCUACCCAGUUCCGGCUGCCUCCAACGAUCAGUCUACAGUACUCGCCCGCCUAAUCUGA